AUGGUGAACAUGAGCGAAGAAUGCAAGCAACUCGCCUCUCCCGGUGCCGUUAGCUUUACCUUCUCUCUAUUGAUCUUCCUCGGCAUCCUACUAUCAUAUCUUCCCCAGCACUACCGUAUCAUCUCGAGGGGGACAUCCUUUGGCAUAUCUCCUUAUUUUAUAUUGCUAGGAACAACCUCGGGGACGUCGGGGUUUGCAAAUAUCCUGGUUCUCCCAAAGAGUGCUCGCGAUAUCGCCUGCUGCCAUGAUAUCAGUGGGUUUGCCUGCUUUGCUGGCCUCUUAGGCAUCAUCCAGGUCGGCGUCCAGUCGCUAUGUUUCGUAAUAUUCCUUAUUCUUUUCGUUGUAUACUUUCCUCGAAAUCCCCCCGCUCCUUCAUCAGCUUCCUCGACUCCUCAGAAAACCCAUAGUUUCCGCACAGCUCUCACAGUAGGCGCAAUAUGCCUCGUCCAUGCGAUCGCUGUAGCCAUCCUAGGCUUCACAGUGGUCUUUGGCUACCCUUCCAGUCGUCAACUGUGGGCGAACAUCCUGGGAAUCAUGGCCACUAUCCUUUCUUCCAUCCAAUACUUCCCACAGAUAUACACCACCUGGCGUCUACGUCGAGUAGGCAGUUUGAGUAUCCAGAUGAUGUGCAUCCAGACCCCCGGUGCUCUGGUCUGGGCUGUAAGCCUGGCUGAGAGACUGGGCAUGGAAGGUUGGAGCACCUGGGGUGUUUACGUGGUGACUUCAAUGCUACAGGGUACCCUACUGGUAAUGGGCGUUUAUUUCGAAUACGUAAAUCCCCAGAAACCAGAACUCGAGGCCGGAGUGAGCAAACCGGCAGGGCCAAACAAUCGUUCCUACGGUACUGUUAACGGCACAGAUACCAAUGCCCAAGACGAUGCCAUCUCCGAGGAUACUCCCCUUCUACAGGACUGA